ACUAUCACAUAAACUCCACAACCACAACACUAUUACUCACUCACACCAUAGUACUACUAAUUCUUUCUUCUUCUUUUUUUAUUUUAUUUUAUUUUUAACACUAUAUAUACACACACACGCACACAAAACUGUAAUAAGAUGUAUAUAUACCACUCUAUUGACUAUCAAGUCUCUUAUCUUAUUUCCACUUAUUAAUUCCACUCUCCUUUUCAUAUUCAUUCAAAGCAAUCAUACAUGGCUGCUUCUAUUAUCUUUCUCUUUUUUGCUAUCAUAACACUCGCCGCCGGGAUCCUCCUCCGCCGCAAACACCGCCACCGCAACCACCGCUUACCACCGGGGAGCCUAGGUCUCCCCUUUGUCGGCGAAACCAUACAGCUCAUCUCCGCCUACAAGAGCGACAAUCCCGAACCGUUCAUAGACCAGCGAGUGAACCGGUACGGUCCGAUCUUCACAACGCACGUGUUCGGCGAACCGACGGUUUUUUCGGCUGACCCGGAAACGAACCGGUUUUUUCUUCUGAACGAAGGGAAACUUUUCGAUUGCAGCUACCCCGGUUCGAUAUCGAAUCUCUUGGGGAAACACUCGUUGCUGUUGAUGAAAGGUGCACUUCAUAAGAGAAUGCAUUCACUCACUGCUAGCUUCGCUAACUCUUCCAUUAUCAAGGAUCAUCUUCUUCUUGAUAUUGACCGACUUAUUCGUCUCAACUUGGAUUCCUGGUCCGACCGGGUUCUUCUCAUGGAGGAGGCCAAAAAGAUAACAUUUGAGUUGACAGUGAAGCAGCUUAUGAGCUUUGAUCCCGGGGAAUGGACUGAAAAUCUAAGGAAAGAGUAUGUUCUUGUGAUUGAAGGAUUCUUCACUCUCCCUUUCCCUCUCUUCUCUACUACUUACCGCAGAGCCAUCAAGGCAAGAAGGAAGGUGGCGGAGGCACUAACGUUGAUAGUGAGGGAGAGGAGAAAAGAAAGUGAAACAGAGGAGGGAAAAAAGAAUGAUAUGCUGGGGGCACUGUUGGGCUCCGGCAACCGCUUCUCCGACGAGCAAAUAGUGGAUUUCAUGGUGGCAUUGCUUGUCGCCGGCUACGAAACCACCUCCACCAUAAUGACUCUGGCCGUCAAGUUCCUCACGGAGACUCCUCUAGCCUUAGCACAACUCAAGGAGGAACAUGAUCAAAUUCGGUCAAAGAAGAGUAACUCAGAGGCACCAUUGGAGUGGUCAGAUUAUAAGUCAAUGGCAUUUACCCAAUGCGUUGUGAACGAGACUUUGCGUGUGGGAAACAUAAUUGGUGGGAUAUUUAGGAGAGCAAUGACAGACAUUAACAUCAAAGGUUACACUAUUCCUAAGGGAUGGAAGGUCUUUGCAUCAUUUCGUGCUGUGCAUCUAAACCCAGAUCAUUUCAAAGAUGCUCGCACCUUCAAUCCAUGGAGAUGGCAGAGUAACACGGAAGUAACAUGCCCUACAAAUGUAUAUACUCCGUUUGGCGGAGGGCCACGGCGGUGCCCUGGCUACGAGCUAGCCAGAGUGCUGCUAUCCGUCUUCCUUCAUCGCAUGGUAACCCAAUACAGUUGGUACCCUGCAGAGGAAGAUAAGUUGGUGUUUUUUCCAACAACUAGGACACAAAAGAGGUACCCUAUCAUAGUGAAGCGUAGAGAGGAUUACAAUAAACUAUGUAAAGCACAAUGAUGAUGAGAGAACAACAUAGAAGAAUCUCAAAAGGAGGAUUUGAAGCAGAUAAUGUAGAUGAUGAGUUUGGUCAGUUUUAUUAAUGUCCAUUAUAAUUAAUAAGAUAAGAUUAUUAUAUCCCCUAUAGUUUAGAUGUUCAUAUAUGAUGGUAAUUUCUUUUUUCUUUUUUUUUUUUCGGUUAUAGGGAUGUCAUAUUUUAGGGUUAAGGGAAAUGGGAGAAAGGAUGUAAGGUAAAGAGAUCAAAUUAAAUGCAUCAUCCUUUUAUAAA